AUCAACAUAAGAAUAUAAUAUGUAUUUCCUGACUCGAGAGGAUACGCCAUAGACUGUAGAAAGACGCCAAGUCUUCCUUUCUGUCUGAAAGUGAAGUCGCACUAUAAAGACCGAGGCUGUGUUUGAGAGCAACAAAACCGUGUUGUAUCAUGGGUAGAGUGUGACUGACUGAUCUACAAAUAAUAAUGAGUCAUUAUGGUGUAAGGUGAUUUGUAGAUUAUGUUAAUAAAGUCUGAUUUAAAAAACAUACGACAGCAAAGAUUUUUAUAACUAAACCAAGACAGACCACAGCCUCUCGUUUCCAAUAGAAACAAAUGAGUCAUAGUGGGCAGAACAAGCAAGGAGGUGGGCAGAGCCAGCGAGAUCCUAUUUGCCUGUUCUAGCAGACGUCUGCAUAUUUCCGUUAGGGAACGCACAAUCUGUGAAGCGCGCGUGUGCAAUAACGCAAUUCGCCUUUGCACGCGAUUUUAUUUUUGCAAAUGUUAAAGUCUAAAAUACUUAAUCCACUCUGUUUAAAACAGAUUCUAGUUUUGGGAACAGAAAGCUGUAUUGAGAUCAAAUGUUUAAUCGAUGAGAAAUCCAUCUCCUUCCAUCUUCUCCCACUGCUGGCUACUAGGCUUCCUCUCACUUCCAUAUUUGGUAGUGAGUGGAAAUUCCAAGCGGAUGCUCCACAUGUGUACAUCCGGUGAAAUAUCUGUCUCAUUGUUCUAUCUGUGACAAUAGUCCGUUUGAAAAAGGUAAAGGGUACAACAUUUCCAAAACAUCAGACUCUUGCCAUGGUUAACCCAGGGAUAUUCAGUCUGAAAGAAGUCUGCCUAAAAAAUAUGUGUGAAGGACCUCUUUAAUUAACAGCAUGGAUUGGACUAUUGGGAAGGAGAGAAUUCCCUCAUGUAAUAGUGAACUGCCUAAGGCCUCAAAGAAUGCCUCCGGAACCAACCUCACUAUCAAUCUGAAUGAAAUGCUCAGAUCAAAAGCUGACGUGGAAAGGAAGCGUGUUCCAAUCCGCCCACCCAACCCAAGAGCCUCUGCACCCAGGGAACUGGGGUUUAGUCGAGGCCUUUCGUGUGAGCCCAUGCCCAAACCCAUUAUCCGAAGACGUGCACGAUCUCUAUCUUCCUCCACAGAGUGGAAGAGGCACACUCGUAAUGUUGGGGUGCGUUUUGUAGACUGUCUGGGCCUGGACCUAGAGGACGUUAAGGUUUUCAAAACCGGGGAGGAUCCCUUUGUGCCACAACAUGUCUCCUUCAGGCUUUUGAUGGGUGCAGAGCUGGCUGGGGGGAAGAACUUGGAAAUCUCGCUGCCGUAUCUGAAGCCGGUGUUCCCUCAGCAACCCGGUGAUCGACCUGAAUUCUUCAGCCGCCUGCGCCAGCAGAGAGUCUGUCUGGAGAGGGUUUUGUGCUUUGACCUGGGCAUCAUCGGGAUCACUCAGGUCCUCAACCUCCAUUUUGAGAAAGAGGUGAGCGUGCGCUAUUCUUUCACAGGAUGGAGGUGCAGCUCAGAAACCAAGGCCUCCUGGGUAUCCACCACCUGCAAGUCCUGGGAUGGAACGCAGGAGCAGCUCAAUUGUGACACCUUUCGUUUCCACCUGCCUGUUCCUCCCUUCCUGCUACCUGGAGCUGCUUUGGAAUUUGCUGUCCGAUACAAAGUGUCUGGGAAAGAGCACUGGGACAACAACGAGGGGCAAAACUAUAAGUUGGUCUGCCAUAGCUACAAACUGACUGUGCCCAAGGAGUGUGAGCAUAGCAUGGUGCACUUUAUUUGAGCUCAUUUAACAAGGAGCAUUUACUGGUUGCUCUCAUAAGUUCCAAUAAAUAAUUUGGCCAUGAGGUCAAAAACAUCAUCAGAACUGAGAGGCAGCAGUAGUGUUCAGAAAAAGACAGAUCUGGUAUAUAUGAAUAACAUGUUAUUGGAGCACUCAGCUAAUAGAGAAACACGUCAUGGUUAUCUGUGACUGUGGUGGAAGCCAGGUUUUUUAUUAAUUCAUACACAUUUAUUUUAACAGAGCACACCUAUUAGUAUUGGAGUGCAUGUUUUCAAAUGCAAAUGCAAAUGCACUUUAUUAUAUACAGUGCCUUCGGAAAGUAUUCAGACACCUUGACUUUUUCCACAUUUUGUUACAUUACAGCCUUAUUCU